AUGCUUUUGUAGGCACACGAAAUCCUCUUGUAAACCUAAAAAGAUUGAAAGGACACAAAGUGAAACUUAAAGGUGAAAAAUGUCGACGACUCAAACAAAGAAUCUCGUUUAGUCACUUUAUUUUUAAGUGUAGCGAAAGUAUUUCUCUGCGUUUCUCUUUCUCUUCUGCGACACAUUCUCUCUGCCUUGCCUUUCAUCUAAACACUCGGCAGGUUUUCUCAUGCCCGGCCAGGACACAUUGGAAUUACCUAUGGGUGUCUGAGUGAGACGCUCCACCCAUCCUCGACUGAUCCGACAGGUCCACACCUAAAACCAUCCACAUGGAACCGAGUCAUUUUCUGUCAACACAGUAGGAGCUGACACACGACACUUCCUCAGCAGCCAGACAGGAUUUCUGUGUUUUACCUUCCACUCCGUGUCUUUGGUUGAAAGCAUCUGGACUUCUGACGAUUUCCAGAUUCUCUCCUGACCCUCUUCCGUCCAAACACGCACCCAUAAGUGGGCAAUCAUGAACUGGGGUAAUCUAGAGGUGCUCCUGAGUGGAGUUAACAAAUACUCCACUGUGUUUGGCCAGGUCUGGCUCUCUAUGGUGUUCAUCUUCCGGAUCCUGGUGUUUGUGGUAGCAGCUCAGCGGGUGUGGGGCGACGAAAACAAAGACUUUGACUGCAACACUAAGCAGCCAGGCUGCACCAAUGUCUGUUACGACCAUGUCUUCCCCAUCUCCCACAUCCGCCUGUGGGCCCUGCAGCUCAUCUUCGUCACCUGCCCAUCGCUCAUGGUCGUCGGUCACGUCAAGUACAGGGAGAAGAAGGACAUGGAGUACACCACCUCCAACAAGGGGCAGCACUUGUAUGCCCGCCCUGGAAAGAAACGUGGAGGCCUGUGGUGGACUUACCUGGUGAGUUUGAUCUUCAAGGCGAGCUUCGAUGCUGGCUUCCUCUAUAUCCUGUAUUUCAUCUACGAGGGUUACGACAUGCCCCGCCUGACCAAGUGCGAACUGCCACCUUGCCCCAACGUAGUGGACUGCUACAUAUCCCGGCCCACGGAGAAAAAGAUCUUCACGCUCUUCAUGGUGGUCUCCUCUGCUGUCUGCAUCUUAAUGUGCAUCUGCGAAAUGGUGUACCUCAUCUUCAAACGUAUCAAAAAGAUCAUUAUAAGGAAGAAGGAGUACGACAUGCAGAGGUUCUUGGAAAGUCACAAAAUGACCCCUCUCUCAGAUCCAAGGCCGUUCAGAUCCAAAGUAAGAGUGGAUCCUACAGUAUCUAUUCAGAAUCUCAACAACAUCAACACUGAAGAAAAGCCUCUUAAGCGAGUGGAGGAAAGCUAGCAGUACACUGUCCGGAGUGUUUUUGUCGAACGCCAUGGAGAGAGGGAGUUCUCCACGAGAGAAAACGCCAGUUGCUUUAAGCAAUCCUUUAAUGUGGAUUUGUAAAUAAUUUAGAUGAUAUUCUGAAGGACACGAUGUGCACCUCUUCUCUCUUAACACAGAGGUCUCCAGUGUGAAAGGAUUGUGUGUUUGACUAGUCUUAUUUGACUGGUUGUAAUUGUGUUCUGGUUGUGCUAUCUGUAAAUAACUACAACACAAAUAAAUAAAUGAACGUGGCCACUUAUAAGGAUGUAAGCAUUGACCAUGAAGAAUUAUAAAUAGUAUUGAACAAUGCUUAGCAUUUUCUAGUGCAACUGAAUGACUCAGUUUUAUUUAUCUCAGGUAAAUAGUCUUAUCACACCCUUUGAUUACAACUGCUUCACAAUAAAAGUUUAUAUUUUUCACGUAGCUGGAAAGUUGUAUUUUCAUAAACCUAUUUUAAUAGAGCUUUAACAAUAAAAUAGUUUAAAAAGAGUUUGAAAAGGGGGUAAAGACACAUAUUGAAGACGUUUUGCUUUAUAUUUUGUAUUUAUUGAUGCAACCAAUAAAAUCGUUAUUU